AUGCACCAAAUUAUAGCUUUGAUCGUUUCGUUCAUAAUAUGUCACGUUGUAGCGCUAGGUGAAGCCAACUUUCUGACACUACUAAACCAAACUUCCACCAACCUAACAACAUUGAAUGACACCCUUGAUGUUGCUAUCAGAACUCAACGAGAUAUAUCCAGACCCGUUCCUCUAGAUCAGCUAGCGGUAACAGGAAUGUCAUUAACAAAUAUGUUUUUGAAUGAUGACUACAGCUCAGACGGCAUAUCAAGUUUACGAGAUUUGCUUGACUCUGGAAUGCAAGCCAUUAUGGUGGAUCUAUAUUGGAAUGAAUUCACCUCAGUGUGGCAGCUAUGUCCUGCUCCGUUCCCGCAGAACGUGACCCACAACCCGACUGACAAAGUGAAUGUUACUUGGAAUAACGUCACAUAUACUUGUCAGGUUGGCUUCACCACCGACAAUAUUAUGUCUAUAAUCAAAUCAUACUUGGAUGCAUCAAACACAGACUUUGAGGCCAACUUCCUUCACCUCCUUUUCAACCUAAAGUCAAUACACUACGACAAAUCAAAUCUAACCACGUCCCUCGAAAAUAUAUACAGACCCAAUUCACAUUCAAAUAUAGUCGGUAACUCGACACUCAAUGCCACAAUUUCACCAAUUGCUUCCUACAUUUUCACACCACAAGUGCUACAGGAUUACAGACUGCAAAUUUUAUCAUCUUCGAGCCUGUACGCAUCAUUUUACAACCAGUCGCUGUUGGAUAUGCCCACAUUGGAGACUGUGCUAUUUUCACAGUACAAGCGAAUGCUAGUGAAUGUGUUGUCCGAUGAACUUGUGCCGUCUCCAAGAGUUUAUUCCAUUACCGAUACUGACAGGGAGUACAUAUUUUUCAACACUACGUUACCAACCUCCAUCAGAACUGCAAGAGAUGCUGAGCCGUAUUGUCAAAACCUUCUUUCAUUGAACCAUAAUCUAAGCACAUAUAACAACUUAUCUUUGGCCACGCUAUUUGACUACGUUGUUGAUAGCGGCGAUGACCAGUUUUCUCCAAAUAAAGUGCAAAGUUUUCUAAGAUGUGGGCUUUUGCCAAUAUUCAACGGUACUUCAUACAAAAUCGGUGAUCAAGGUGUACUGGAGGUGGAAGAUCUCUUUGAGACAUUCACUCCCUAUCUCUUCUGGUCCUGGCGUGCGGGCGAGCCUCGUCUUUGGACCAACCUGACCAAAGACUUGUCAACCGAUGAUAAUCUAGACAGUGGUGCCUCGUAUCGAUGCGUGGUUUUAACUGCGGAUGGUUGGAAAGUGGACGAUUGUUACCAAAAGUAUCAGAUUGCAUGCCAGAACAAAACCGAGCCCAAUGAUUGGUGCAUACCACGAGAUGUUGAGCAAACGUAUUUCGACGUUAACAGGGGCCAUUGCCCUGACGGGUUCAACUUCAGCUUGCCACGUCUGAGCACGGAAAUGCUAGCGUUAAUGACUGCGGUGAAAAAUCAACAUGCCGAGUACCCAAUCUGGAUCGACCUUAAUGAUAUAACGAUUCCCGACUGUUUUGUAUCUGGUGGCCCCUACGCGCAGUGUCCUUAUCAGAAAACAGUCACCACAACUAAGUUUGUGCGUAUGAUUGCACCUGCUUCUGUGGUGUGUAUAAUCGUUCUCAUUGCUGUUCUUCUUGAAAAAUUGCUCAGGACAAAUCACAUCCAAUCUAACAGGAAGCGAUAUUGGAAAAAGGCGCUAGCUGAAUACUACUCCAAAAACGAUUACGAAGGAGUACCUUCAUAG